AUGGCUGAAUCUCGUAUUGAAUUAUUAGCUUGGCUUAAUGAACUUUUACAAACACGAUACACCAAAGUUGAGCAAGCAGGAACAGGCGCUGCUUACUGUCAAAUCUUUGACUCAAUCUUUGGUGAUGUUCCUGUUCACAAAGUAAAGUUUGAAGCAAAGCUUGAAUACGAAUUUGUAAACAACUUUAAAAUUUUACAAAGUGUCUUUAAGAAACACAAGAUAGACAAGAUUAUACCCGUUGAUCGUUUAGUUAAAUGUAAGCUUCAAGAUAAUUUAGAAUUUAUGCAAUGGGUCAAACGGUUUUGGGAUCAAAACUACCCUGGAGGAGAAUAUGACGCUUUGGCUCGUCGCGAAAAGGGCGCUCCUAGUGUGGCAACAGCUCCCAAGUUGUCCUCAGCGGGUGGACGUGCAAGCGUAUUAGACAGCCAUUCAGCCCAGACUAUCAUCGACCUCAAUAAACAAAUCGCAGAACUCAAGUUGACUGUAGACGGUCUCGAAAAGGAACGUGAUUUCUACUUCGGAAAAUUGCGUGAAAUCGAAAUUGAGGUUCAAGAAAACUUGGAGAGUAUCGAAUUGACAUUAGCAGAUACCGGUAAAACUGAACACGAGGCUAUUCCCAUUUUACAAAAUAUCCAAAACAUUUUGUACAGUACAGAGGUAAGACAUUCUAUAUAA